AUGAUGAAGAGACAUAUAUCAUCUUCAUCUUCUAAAGAUGAUGUUAUUGAAUUAAACCAGGUAUUCUCUAAUACUAAGACAGAAAAACAAUCUACAUUUGAUAUUGAACCACUUGGUGAAAUUGGGGAAGUUUUUGAAGAUUUUGAUGUUAAUGAAAUAUUAGAUGAAGAUGCUGAUGAUUCUCCAAUACCUGAAGUUAGAGCUAUAGUUUCUAAAACUGAUGAUCCAAAUUUACCUGUAAAUACUUUAAGAAUGUGGGUAUUAGGUAUAAUUAGUACAAUUAUAGGAUCUGGUGUUAAUCAAUUUUUUUCAAUGAGAUAUCCAAGUGUUACUAUAUCUGCUUUAGUUUGUCAACUUGUUGUUUAUCCUAUUGGUCAAUUUUUAGCUUCAAUUUUACCUUUGAAAACAAUAAAUUUAGGAAAAUAUUUGGGUGAAUUUACUAUAAAUCCUGAUAGAAAAUUCAAUUAUAAGGAACAUGCAAUGAUUACAAUCAUGGCAAAUAUUUCAUUCACUUCAUCUUAUGCAACUGAUGUUAUUCAAGCUCAAGUUGCCUUUUAUGGUAUUGAAGCAAAACCUGCUUAUCAAGUUUUAUUAGUAUUAACAUGUCAAUUAUUUGGUUUAGGUGUUGCAGGUUUAUUUGAUAAUUUCUUGGUGAAACCAAGUGCUAUAUAUUGGCCAACUACUUUAGCUAAUGUUGCAUUAUUUAAAUCUAUUCAUUCCAAAGAAAAUAAAUUAGCAAAUGGUUGGAAAAUAACAAGAUUAAGAUUUUUCAUGAUUGUUUUCUUAAGUUCAUUCGCUUAUUAUUGGCUUCCAGGUUAUAUUUUCACUGGAUUAUCUUAUUUUACAUUCAUUUGUUGGGCUGCUCCAAAUAAUGUUGUUGUUAAUCAACUUUUCGGUCAAGUUCAAGGUUUAGGAUUUUUCCCCUUGACUUUUGAUUGGGCACAAAUUGCUUACAAUGGAUCACCAUUAGUUACACCAUUAUAUGCUCAAUUAAAUGCAUUGGUUGGUGUUGCGUUUUUCAUCAUGUUUUUGACACCUUUAUUAUAUUAUAAAAAUGCAUUUUUCAGUGCAUACUUACCUAUAAGUUCUUCUAAUGUUUUUGAUAACAUGGGUAAUGAAUAUAAUGGGACAAGAAUAAUUGAUAGUAAUGGCCGUUUAGAUCUUGAAGCAUAUCAAAACUACUCACCUCCAUAUCUUGCAGUUGCAUAUGCAAUCGCUUAUGGUUCUUCAUAUGCAGUCUUAACUUGUGGUCCAAUUUAUGCCAUAUUGUAUCAUGGAAAGGAUAUUUAUAAUGGAUUCAAAGGAAGGUUGAAAAAAGACAUUCAUGUUAGAUUGAUGGAUGAAUAUCCUUCAGUUCCUAAAUGGUGGUAUGUUUUGUUAUCCGUUGUUGUGUUUGGAAUUACUUGUACUAUAAUGGAAGUUUAUCAUACUCAAUGGCCUAUUUGGGGAAUUUUUUUAGCUUUCGUUUUGGUUAUUUUAUUCAUUUUACCAAUUGGACUUGUUUAUGGUGCUACUAAUAUAAAUACAAAUAAUAUGACUGUGUUGGUUCAACUUCUAUCAGGAUAUUUAUUACCAGGAUUACCAAUCGUAUCAUUAACCUUUAAAUUUUAUGCCUAUACAGGUGUAUUACAAGCACUUUCAUUUUCUUCAGAUAUGAAAUUAGGAUAUUAUAUGAAAAUCCCUAAAAGAACCAUAUUCUUUGGUCAAUUGAUUGCCUGUACAAUUGGUGCAUUGGUUCAAGUUGGUGUAUUGAUUUUCAUGUUGAAUAAUGUUGAAGGUAUCUGUACUAGUGAUCAAGUUGAUAAUUUUACAUGUCCACAAGGAAGAGUUAAUUUUGCAGCUAGCGUUGUAUGGGGUGCUGCUGGACCGAAAAGAAUUUUUGGGCCUAGCACCAUUUAUGGUGGACUUUUACAUUUAUUUUGGAUUGGACCAGUUGUUACAAUAAUUACCUAUUGCUUAAUGAAGAAAUUUCCAGAGAAUAAGAUAUUGAAAAACUUGAAUUGGGUUGUUAUUUUUGGAUGUUUAGGAAAUUUCCCACCAGCAACAGGGAUUAAUUAUACAACUUGGGUCUUAGUUGGUGUUAUAUUUAAUUAUUACAUUCGUAAAAAGUAUAGUCAGUGGUGGUCAAAAUAUCUUUAUGUAUUAAGUUGUGGGUUAGACGUUGGAUUAGCUCUUGGUGGGAUUAUUAUAUUUUUUGCAUUAUCAUACCCUGGAAUCAGUUUAAAUUGGAAGGGAAAUACUAUAUACAAUGACACAGCUGAUGGAUUAGGUACUCCAUAUUUAAAAAUGCCAGAGAAGGGAUAUUUUGGGUUUGAUACUUGGAAUUAG